GAAAAAGAGUUUGCUCAUAGAUUUUUAGCCAACUGACCACAGCAAACCGAACCACAGUUAAAAUUUCCAUACUUCACACUGCCCACUGCCAGUUUCUGCUAAUUAUAAAACAACCAAACCUUGCUGGUGUUUCUGCCUACUAAUCUCUCAAACCCUAAACACCAACAAAACAGAAUCAUGCUCGGAGAAACUCGUCGUCACAAUCCUACGGUCCACCUUCCACCUUGGCCUGACCUUGAUGAUUAUCAAACGGCUGAUGUUCACUCUCCUCUGAAGUACAAUGCGUCCUGCCACCACUUCAACGUUCACAGUAAUCCGUUUUACUCGCAAGAAGCGCUUCGAGCGUUAGAACGUUACGUACCACCAAACGAACCGGAUGCCGAGUCGGAUUCUGAGCUUUUGGGACUGCGGAGUGGCCCGGAUUCUCCGGUUGACGCUUGUUCUAGUGAUCAUUUCCGGAUGUUUGAGUUCAAAGUAUUAAGGUGUUCACGUGGCCGAGCACACGACUGGACCGAGUGUCCGUACGCUCACCCGGGCGAGAAAGCUCGUCGGAGGGAUCCGAGGAGGUACAAUUACUCGGGUACGGUUUGUCCUGGGUUUAGGAAUGGAAGCUGUCGCAAAGGAGAUGCUUGCGAGUUCGCUCAUGGGGUUUUCGAGUGCUGGCUCCACCCGGCUCGUUACCGAACACAGCCAUGCAAAGACGGGACGGGUUGUAGGCGUAGGGUUUGUUUCUUUGCUCAUACUCCGGACCAGCUACGGGUCGUCAACUCCGUCGAUUCGUAUGACGGUUCACCUUCUAGUGCUAAAACGACUUGUUUUUGGUCUUCCCCUGGUUCCGGUUCACCUCCGAUGAGUCCCCGAGCCGAGCCUUCGUCCCCUUUUUCGACUAUGGCUCAGUCACUGAGUCGGUCUCUGGGUUCAGCUUCUAUUAAUGAGAUGGUCGCUUCUAUGAGGAACUUGCAUCUUGGAAAGGUCAAGUCCUUGCCUUCUAAUUCCUCGAACGUACAAGUAGGCUGUUGCUCUCCAGCGUUCGGGUCUCCGAGAGGAGCAGCGAUCCGACCCAGUUUCUGUAGCCUGCCUUGUACUCCGACCCAAAAGUUGACCCGUCAUGGGGUUAGGUACUUGGAUUUGUGGGAUAAAGCGUGCGAAGAAGAGCCACAUAUGGAAAGAGUUGAAUCCGGUAGGGAUUUACGUGCAAAUAUGUUUGAGAAACUGAGUAAAGAGAACCGGCGGGAAAGCCUCAACCCGAGUCAGUCUUCUGGAGGUCCGAACGUGGAUUGGGUUUCGGACCUGGUGAAUUAAAAAAAAAAAAAGAACUGGAAGCGUGAGCUAGCUCGAUCGAAGUUGAGUUAUAUUUUACUUUAUUAUCUGUGAUUUAUUUGAAUCUUUUUUGAGUUCUCUCCUCAGUGUGUAUAGCAUAUGAAGAAGAAGACGAUGAUGAUAAUAAAGAAAAUCCGAGAUAUAUUUUGCGGUACUAUUUGCCGCAACGAAGUUGAAGAUUUUGUACAAAAAAUCAAGUACUAUUUUCUACAAGCGAAGUGGGGUGGUGGGUUUCGUGAAGGUGGAAGCAAACAAUUGAUAAUCGCUAUCUCUAUUUUAAUGGUUAAGUUUGUUCUUUAAUAAAAUGUAAUUAAUUAUGAUUGUCCAGGUAUUGUGUAAGCUUUGUUUUGC